CGCGAGGCAACAAAUAAGAGGUGUGCUGCCGGUCUGACAGCUAUGUGAUUCCCGUCCUUCUCCUUGAUGCUGUUAGAGCAGUCAGCCUCUGGAGUGCCAUGGCGGAGGUGCUGGGACAGAGGAGCUUGUUAGGUUUUGGGGUAGUGGUGGCGUGGCUGCUGCUCUUCCACCUGCUGGUCAACAUCUGGCUGCUGUGUGUGUUCACCAGCCUGCUGGUGGUACUGGGUGGCUGGCUUGGCUCGCAGGCCGUCCUGGAAUCCAACAGCUUGGUCCACCUGGAGAGGUUCAUUACCCUGGAGCAGGUUCCACCAUCUGUGGAGGAUGAGCAUCAUCUCGACCAGGAGAUUCACAACACAGUGAGGAAAAUCAUCAGAGACUUUGUUACUUCCUGGUACUCCACUGUUUCAUCUGAAAGUGGCUUUGAAACAGAAGUUCAGGAGGCGAUGGUCUCUAUGGCCAUGGAGCUGAAACUGCGUGCAAGAAAGGUGGACAGGAAGGAACUGACCCAGAGGAUCCUGGACCUGUGUGGUUCCCACUUGCAGGACUACAUCAGGGCCAAGGAGCUUGUAACAGAGCAGCAAAACUCACUAACAUCAGGUCCCAACCAUGAGUGUGACAGGCUGUGGGAAGCAUAUUCUAAUAUUACCCCGCCUCACCUCGCCACAACCAACGACUCGAUAGAGGUCAACUACGUCAGGGCAGUGGUAGAUUUGCUACUGCAUGUUUUGGUGCCGUUGCCUCACUUGGAAACCCGCACGGGGCGCUUUGUGGUCGUCGAGCUUAUAACCUGCAACGUCCUGCUACCCCUCAUUGAUAAACUGUCCGACCCCGACUGGCUGAACCUCCUCAUGAUAGAAAUAUUUGGCAAGACCAGCAAACCACAGGAGACGGGCUCAUCAGAGCCAUCAACUGCAUCACCAUCCCUGUCACCACCGUCACCGGAUCAAGCUUCUCUACAGCUGGUAGCAAGCGUACCUCAGAGCAGUGAUGUUCCUCCACAGAGACCAGACACCGAAGCAAUCAGUCACAUUGAGAUGGCCAUGCCUGCACUUGCUGCCUAUGAUGCGACCGAUUCCGAGGAAGUGGACUUUCCCGCCAACAAUGCAGAAGAAGAUGAAACCACGCGGCCGUUUUUAAGGCACUUCAUGAGAGGACGCAAAUCAAACCCAUUCUACCAGGAAUACGACUCAGACCUGGAUUCUCCUCUGGCCGAUGAUAAGCGGAGUUCCAUAGAUUCCUUGGUCAUGAUAGGCCAAGAGGAGGGUCCGUACGACAAGCAAAAAGAAUGUAGUACCUCUCUUGAGAGCAACAAUGAGUUGGACUUGGAAGAUGUUUGCUCCAGUCCUGUGGACGGCUCUUGUCCCAAAGUCGUUGUGAAUUCAGAUCAAGGUGUGCACCCUAACGGAUGUAGUUCUGCAUCACUUAGCUCAGCAGAGGCUCCUCCCAUCACCAACAGCCUCCAGGAUGUGGAGAGGGAAGGAGGUUCCUCUGCACUCAACCCAAACAGAGAGCUUCUUCUGGGCAUAGACCAGACUGGGAUGGGGAAUCCCAAUGAGCUGACUGUAGUCAGUCCAGUACAGGGUUGUUCACCCAUGGGGACGUUCAGUUUUGAGCCUCUCAGUAGCCCUGAAGGGCCAGUCAUUAUUCAGAACCUACGCAUCACCGGCACCAUCACCGCCAAGGAACACCGUGGCACCGGGUCCCAUCCAUACACACUUUACACCAUCAAGUAUGAAACAGCCAUGGGUUGUGAGAAUCCAGGAAAUGUUCAGCCAAUCUCAGAAGAUGCUGAAGCUGUGCCGACGGUUUGUGAGAAUCCAUCCUCCAUUCAGCCCGUGGCAUAUCACAUGGUCAACAGAAGAUACAGCGAGUUCCUCAACCUACAAACACGCCUUGAAGAAAAAGCAGAACUGCGGAAACUCGUCAAAGGUGUGAAAGGCCCAAAGAAAAUGUUCCCUGACAUGCCAUUUGGAAAUAUGGACAGUGACAAAAUAGAAGCCAGGAAAGGACUCCUGGAAACCUUUCUAAAACAACUUUGUACCAUCGCUGAGAUAGCCAACAGUGAGGAGAUGCAGGAGUUUCUUGCUCUCAACACCGACGCCAGGAUCGCUUUCGUCAAGAAACCUUUCAUUGUGUCACGCAUAGACAAGAUUGUGGUGAAUGCCAUUGUGGACACUCUGAAGACGGCGUUUCCCCGUUCAGAACCUCAGAGCCCCACGGAGGAUGAGGGAGACGUGGACGGAGGAAAAAUGAGUUUGGACAAGAAGAGCAAGUCUCGUCUGAAGUUCCCCAGUAAGAAUGUCCCCUUCAUGAAUGGCUCUGAUAUGAAACCUCAGGUUUUGUUCAGCUGGGAUCAAACCAACAUGGUGUUUAAAGGGACAUCUUUGGGAGAUUUGCAGGCGUUCAUCUGUGAACAGGAGAAACUGUCCAUUAGAGCUGAGGCAGACAGCGAGGGCAGCCCAGUGCUGAGAGAAUCUCGAGGCUUUCUGUGUGGAGACGAGUUGGAAAAGAAGACCACUGAGCAUGGCUCGGAGACGGCGCUGGCCGAGGUGGCUCUGAACAUCCUGUGUUUACUGAUGAAGGAGCAGUGGAGCUGGCUGUGCACCGAAAACAUCCAGAAGACCAUCAGGCUGCUGUUCGGGACCCUGAUCAACAGGUGGCUCGACGUGAGCGUGGCCAACCUGACGUCUCCCAGGUACUGGGCGGCCUACCUGCAGGUCAUCCAGGAGGCCGUGUGGCCCGGCGGGUCGCUGCCCGUCCUCCCCCGGCCGCAGCGCAGCCAGCAGCAGAGGGACGACACCAGGCAGCAAGCGUUACGCUGUCUGAUGAGGCUCCUGCCAGAUCUGGUGUCAGACUUGUUGGGCUCAGAUAAGUACAGAUUCAGCUGGCAGACGGCUCUGGACUCCUUUCAAGACCCCCACAUCAACAGAAACUUGGUGUACUGUAUAUUCGACCUGCUGCUGGAGGUCCUGGUUCCUGAGAUCCCAGAGGAGGACUUCCAGAGAAGCGUCCUGCAGACUCUCUCCAAGAACCCCGAGAAGCUGCUGGCGUGAAGGAGAAUCCCCCCGGACCCCCCAACCCCCCCGACCCCCUCGCUGACCGUCCAUACUCCUCCGUCCUCGCCGUGACCUCCUCGGGUCGCCCCGGCUCGCUCUCCUGUUAUGUUUUGAUGUCGUGGCAUCCGGUACACACACACACACACACACACUGAAACACUCAUCAGCUUUGAUUACACGUGAGCACCUGGUUUGUGUCUGCUGUACCAGUGCGAGGUAAACACAGUCCUGCUUCCACUUUUGGCCGAAGCGUCUUCAGAUGCUCCUCACACCUGCUGCUCUCGUCUGGAGGAGCAGGGCUCUUAAAGCUGGCAGCGCUCAGCUGGGACCCAGCAUCCACGCUCUCCUUCCUGCUCCGGCGUCCCUCCGGCUCCCUAUAUAGAAGCACACAUGCUAACCCGACUAAAACCCGAGCCUUCCUGAGGGAUCUCCGACCGCCGUCUGCGCUGGUGAUUUAACGCGCGGGCGUCCAGGUGUAGCGGGGAAGCGGCCAGAAGAGGUUUUUACUGUCUUUCCCACAUCAGACGUCACGGGGUUUUUUUAACAAUCCCCUCGGAGAAUCGAGCGCACAGUUAAUGUCCGGACGAUACACGACCUGCGGGAACAGAUGCACACGGUGAGAGACUUCACUGGAGUCCGCUCACGCAGAAUUUAAAAGCAUCUCUUCACACGUUAUGACUCCAAUUCAGUGAUCAUAUGCUGCUCACUCAUUUGUAAUUUGACUCCAGCCUCAUUAAACUUCUCAUCAAGGGUCUUGAGCUCUGUUUUCAUUUGGAAAAUUUGGACUCAACGCCUGAUUUCUUUCAACUUUUUUUUUUUUAAUGCAGUUGAGUUGAAUUAAUCAGAUUUCUUGUUUUUCGUGCAGUUUAUUAAUCGAGAUGAUUCCAAACGUUUCAAAUCGACGAUACUCCUACUGAAUACUUUAACUGUAGAAUCACGUGAACUUUCCGGAGCUCCGCCAUAACAUGUUCGUAACGCAACUUCUUAUAAAAGUAUGUCACUACGUGAAUCAUUCCUUCAAACCACUGAAACUUACUGAAAACCAAUCUGUUAAUUGUCGUCUGCUUGUAAGACGUGUUGCCGACGUCAUUCCGAUGUUCCCAUCAUUCCGUUGUUUGCUGUCGUCAGUAAAUAGUUCCUGUUAUCUGUAUCUAUUUAUCAACACAUUGGAGAGUCGUUCCAGAUCGUGAAGUAUGUGCGAGAUGUGCCAUUGCUGACUCCUCCCUUGGUUUCUGCCUUACAGACUGAAGUGAUGAAGUCUGAACUCGCCUUAGGAGAAGAUAAGCUCUAACUUAAAGCUCAAUGUUGUUUUUCCCUGAAUGUGGAAACUGUUACUCGUUGUAAAGAUUCAGUUUUCUUCUUUUAUUGAUUAAGGAAUCCAUGUACUGUGUGUCUUUUUACUGUGUAAUUUUGAGAAAUUGUGUUUUUCUUUCAUUGUGAUCCUUUUUCAUGCUGUUAUUUUAUCUGGUUUUGUUAUAAAGUUUUCACAAAAUCAAUGUGUUUCACAAACAAGUUCUGGAUUUAGAGUUUAUUUCUUGGCAGAUGUACACUGCUUUGGCUCAUCUUUAGGUAAAGACAUGAAAACUCAACCAUUUUAAUGUUGAGUGGAACAGAUUUCUGGAUUAUUCAUCCAGGUUGUGAUUAUCAUGGAAUCACUGAUAUUUUGCCUCUAACUGAUGAAGCGUAUUGUGAAAGUUAACAGAUCUGCAUUUGAUUUGACCCCCGACCCCUGAGAUCUAUAGUAGAUCUUCAAAAUGGUGACCGAUGAUGAUGAUGAUGAUACGAUGAGUCACAUUCAAUCAAAUCGCCACAAGGUAAUGAAAGGCAAUAAACUCCAAAAUCAGCUCAAAUCCCUAAAUAUUUAAAACAUCUCAAACAGAUCAAAGUGAUAAAAGGACUGGAAAAAAAAGCACCAGACUGUUCCUCUCCUGAUUAUCUCAUUUCCAGUGAUUUCCGUCUUGUUCAUACAUGUAGAUUUUGUGAAAAUACAAAAAAGCAUUAACUUAUGAAGUUCGAUAACUGAACACUCUCCUGUCUACUUCUCCUGAAAUGUUUCUAAACUUCUGUUGUUUUCUCUUCUGUGAAUGUUGGAUAUUGGAUUCCUCUUGUUGGGGGCCUUUCAUGCGUAUGUUAAAUAUAGGGAUGCACCGAUACCACUUUUAUGAAGUACGAGUACUAACCUUUAGCUUAUUGCCGACGCAAGUGCUUACUAAAUGCAAAGCUUAAUUCAUACUCCAUAAGCAAACCAUCCAUCUGCACCUCCAGCUGCCUGCACAGCGUUACAGUAUCAGCUCUGACACCUGGCUGGUAUCGGUAUCGGUGCAUCCCGAGUGAAGUUCUCCACGUAUCACUUGGUGUUGCUCUCUUUCACAGUGACCGUUCAUCCCUCUCUCCUCCGUCUUGUUCCUCGUGUUUCUCUGCACUCUGACUUGUAAACACGUAGCCGUCUUUAAUCCUUCGCUUCUUGUUCCUGAGCACACUUUCAGGACGAAAACAA